AUGUCUUCAAAGAGACGUACUGGAAGUCCGACACUGAGGGCCAAAAAGGACAAUUUGGCAAAGCAUGAGAUCAGCGAGGGUCACAAGAGCAAAACUAGGGACAUUACAUCCUCUUCCAAACUGUCUUUCCCUACUGUGGCCAAGAUUCCAAAGUGCGAAAAACUCAAGUCAGCUGAGCUACAGAUUGCCGUUGCCGUCUGCUGUCAUAUGUCCAUCAAUACGAUUGAUCAUCUCGGUGAAGUCAUCAAGAAAAACUCAGAAGGGAGCACACUGCAGGAUCUCCGCCUCCAUCGCACGAAGUGUUCCAGAUUGAUCGAUCAUGUAUUGUCACCCGCAUUGAAGGGGGAACAAACAGCGGAUAUGGCCGGACAACCCUACUCCCUUCUUGUAGAUGAAUCAACGGAUGUCAGUGACAAGAAAAACCUUUGCCUGAUUGUGAAGUAUUUCAGUUGCAAAACAGAAAAAGUGGAGUCCAGCUAUCUUGGCCUAUUCCCUGUGAGUGAGGCUACUGGAGAAGCUCUUUUUGACACAGUCAAGGCUGCUCUUGAAGAGGCUGGCCUGUCUUUGAAAAACUGCAUUGGCUUGGGCAGCGAUGGGGCAUCAAAUAUGGUCGGUGAUCACAAUUCCCUCUGGUCUCGUAUCAAGAUUGCUUCUCCAAACUGUAUCCUCUUCAAGUGUGUUUGUCACAGCUUAGCACUUUGUGUCGAAAAAGCAUUUGAUGUGCUGCCAAGUCAUAUUGGCUUUCUCAUGGCAGAAGUGUCGGCCUGGUUCGGAAGGAGUCCUUUGUGGAAGGAGGAAUAUCGCGCUCAUUGCAAGACCACUGAGCAUAGGUAAAUGUUUGAGAACAUGAGUGAUGAGAGUACUCAGGAGUCGGAAGCUAUAAAAAUGCCGUUUACAAAGCCUAGUACAACUCGUUGGCUUGUAAAGGGCAAAAUAAUUUCAAAUCUAUUAUCAAAUUGGACCCUUCUACAAGACUACUUUGGCAAUGUGCGACAGACUGGGCGACCUGAUAUCAGAUACAAGGCUGGGACAAUUUCCCAAAUGCUCUCAGACAAGAUGAACCUCCUCCUGUACUUCUUGUUCCUGUCUCCAAUUGUAAAGGACUUUGAAAAGGCUAACGUGUUUCUCCAGGCAAACAAGGCUGACCCUGAAGGAACUUGAACUUGAUUUUCAAAACUGUGAAGCUGAGGAUUUAUGACAAUAGAGGCAACGCACUGGCACGAUCCUUGGUGGACUUUGGGGCCAAUUUUGCCAGUGAGGCACAAAGGCUUUGUAGCGAGGGCAGGAACAGCCAAGAGAUCUUCAAAUCGUUGGAUGAGUUCAAGACAAGAUGCAUCGCGUUUCUACAAACUCUGCUCUGUGAAGUAGAACGCCGUCUCCCUUCCUUUAAACUUGUUUUCCGUGGUCUGAGUUUUCUCAGUCCCUUGAAAGUCAGGACAGCAUCAUUUGAUCAACUUCCAAUGAAACACUUGAUGCAAGACCGGGAUGAGAUUCAAUCCCAGUUCAGGAGAGUGAUCAUCCAUCCCUGGGAGGGAGAAGGUAUCUUCAAGGAUGGAGUGCCCAAUGACACUGAGGCCUUUUGGGCAAAAAUUCGGAGUUUUGAGUGAAGUGAUGGUACUCGGCCCUACAAAGAGAUAGCAACCUAUGCUCUUGCUGCUCUUUCCACACCUGUAAGCAACGCGAUCGUCUUUUCUCAUAUCAAAACGUGAAGAACAAGUACAGGAACAAGAUGAAUUUGAAGAUGCUGGAUUUACUUCUCAGAGAAUUCUCAGAGUCCGCCUUCAUCUACGCUUGAUUGGCCAAUGUUACAUCGAUUUUGUUCCAACUAAAGAAAUGCUAAAUAUGUUCAAUUCUGCUUGGUAUGUUAAGGAAUCGGAAGUACAUGAUAUUUCUGCUUUGGAAUAAGAAAUACAUAA